AUGAGGUUUCCCCCGCCGGAAGUCCAGGCUUCAUGGCCCGAACCGAACUUCGAGAAUCCCAAAACUCGAGGGCUGGCUCUGAUUGUUGUCGAACUUACGAUCCUACCAGUCGCCUUGAUAGUGCUUUCACUGCGGUUCUUCGUGAGGGGCUUCAUGCUCCGUCGUCAGAUUUCAUGGGAUGACUGGACCAUGUUGGCGGCAGCGAUCUGCGCGAUCGGAGUCACUAUAUGCGUUGUUCUAGCGUCGCAAGCGUAUGGAUGGGACAUCCAUGUAUGGGAUCUGACCGCGAGUCAAGCAGUCAAAGGCCGACAGGCGUCCAUCGCUGCUCAAACGCUUUUCAUACUUGCAUCCGGCCUCACGAAAGUCUCUAUCCUGUUAAGUUACCUACGGAUUGCCCCGAAGGGCUCGCUUUUUCGGCGCAUCACUUACUGCGCCCUCACCGUAUGUGCACUCGCAAUAGUGAUCUUCUUCGUCGUCCUAUGGACGCAGUGUUUGCCCAUGUCCAGUUACUGGGAACUUCUCGCGCCGCACCGUGACUGCAAGCCGGAAGGUCCACCCUUGAUGAUCCAGGCGACGAUCACUGUUGUCCUGGACUGCAUUAUUUACACCAUCCCGAUGCCGACAUUCUACCAACUCAAGCUUCCUUUGGUGCAAAGGAUCGGCCUUAUCGUCAUCUUCGGCUUCGGAAGCGUUGUCGUCGUGGCCGGAAUCAUGCGCGAAUACUACAUCUAUUAUACCGUCUACGAAACGUACGAUAUAACGUGGGAAGGCUUCUCCAUGUGGAUUUGGACCGCCGUCGAAGUCAAUCUUGGGGUUAUCUGCGGCAGUGUGCCAUCACUGAAGCCUCUCUUCUUCCGUGAUCGAUCUAGGAACGCUUCCUCAUACGGCCACUCCCACGGAGCAUCCGCUAACGUCACGGCGGACCGCCGUCGGACGAUGCGUAAGCCCCACGCUGAUGAAGAGAUGGAUACCCUCACGGGAGGUAUCACGGUCAAGCGAGAUGUGAGGGUUGACUCUACACGGAAAGUACCGUCUUGGGCAGAGUCCGCUUUCGAACGGGCGGGCGGGGCAUCCUCGAUUGCCAGCAGCAUCGAGAAUAACCAGACACCAUGGGAUAACCGAAUACCCGCCCAAGGACCUCCUUGA